AUGGGGACUCCGCCGUCGGGCACGAGUUUCCUAGCCCCCGAGGCACCAGGACGCGACGGUUCAAGCGAAGUUCAACUCACUGAGGACGGUUUCGACGUGGGCUUCCAGUCCAACUUUUUGGGACAUUUCUUGCUAACGAUGCUUCUCAUCGAUCUGCUCAAGAGGAGCUCUCCGAGCAGGGUGAUCAACGUGUCGUCUAUCCUGCACCACGUGGGUAGCGUGGAUGACCUGGAAGACAAGGCCCGGGGCGUGCAUCCGGUCCGCACCCCCGUACUCGUCUAUAGCAACACCAAGCUCGCCCAGGUGCUCUUCACCAAGGCCCUCGCCGAAAGGCUCAAGGGCACGGGAGUCACGGUGAACGCUGUGCAUCCCGGAAAUGUGAAGACGGAGAUCGCAAAUAAGUCGCCUGGAGCCUUCUUCUUCAACUUAGUCCUGGACCUUGCGGGCAAGUCGACGUCAGAAGGUGCCCAGACGUCCAUCUUCGCCGCGGUGCACCCGAGGCUGGCGAAGGAGACGGGCAACUACUACGCGGACUGCAAGAAGGGCUGGGUCAGCCGCAGGGCCAAAGACCGCAGGGCCGCUGAAAGGCUCUUCCAGAUCUCGUCCAAGCUCGUGAACCUUGAGGGACCUGACGCCAACAACUUAGGAAGGGGUUGAGCACCUCGGUAGAGGACACAAGUCAAACAGCACAAUCAAAUAAAUGCAUAUCCAUGACAUA